AUGCAUUCAAAGAUUUUACUUCUCGCCGCUACAUUAGCCGUAGCUGCGGCGCAAUCUCAAGAAAGCCAUAGUCACAGCCACGGUCACGCUUAUUCAUCGCAAAAAAUAGUAGUGCACCACACCCAUCAUGAGCCGAAGCACCACGAACCGAAGCACCAUGAACAUAAAGAGCAUAAACAUGAACAGCAGUCUUCCGGUCAACAAGGGCACCACGAACAACACGCGGCUUUCUCUUCACAGCAGAUCCAUCGUCAUGAUGUGCCUUCCAAAGCUCCUGCUGAUCACUAUGAAUACUACAGUCACCCUAAGUACGAGUUCGAAUACAAAGUUGAGGACCACCACACCAAGGACAUCAAGUCGCAACAUGAGUCCCGUGACGGUGACGUGGUAAAGGGCUACUAUUCCCUGCACGAGCCCGACGGCACCGUCAGGAUUGUCCACUACAGUGCCGACAAAAAGAGCGGAUUCAACGCGCACGUCGAGCGCAAGGGUCACGCCAUACAUGAAUACCACCACCACCAUUGA